UAGUGUUUGGUGUGCUGACUGCUUGUUUAGGGGGUCUUUGACAUGGCAAAACUGUGGGAACCCCCUAAAAGCUUCUGCGUAAAAGACAAAUCUUGAAGACGCAGAGGGUUCAUUUCAAGCCCCCACCACCACCACCCACAUCUCCAAUUUGAAAGCCGCCUCUCUACCGGGAGAGGAAGGCUCUUUUUCGGUCAGAUGGCGUGCUGCAGUCCGCCCCCGUCAUUCUCCAGCCCACACAGACAGGGCAGCCAGCAACCAAUACGGUGCGCCGGAGGAGGAUUUCUGCCAGUGAUUUCAGACGAGGUACGAUACGCAAAGGGGAUUUACUACGCCAAUCUGAGCCGGGGAAGCUUUCGGCGACAGGCAACAGGAAAUUAGAUUUUAUUUCUCGAUCAAUAACGACCUGUGACCAUCGGGUGGUUGGAGAGACUUUACGCCCGCUCCCCUCGGUACACAUCCGUCUACCUGACCUGAAGAAGGUUUAUGUCUUUCCUUUCUCCUGCCUAAACUUUCCAGUGCUGUGUGCCAUGUCUCUGCCACGCACACUUGGAGAGUUGCAGCUGUAUCGGGUGCUGCAGAGGGCCAACCUGCUGGCCUACUAUGAAACCUUCAUCCAGCAGGGCGGUGACGACGUGCAGCAGCUCUGUGAGGCAGCAGAGGAGGAGUUCCUGGAGAUCAUGGCACUAGUUGGCAUGGCCACCAAGCCACUGCAUGUGCGUAGGCUGCAGAAGGCCCUCCGAGACUGGGCGGCGAACCCUGCCCUUUUCAGCCAGCCCGUCUCUAACGUUCCUCUCGGCGGCAUCCCGUUGUUCAAAGUGGACGGGACCGGUGCUAGUGGGCCAGCGGGAGGGCCCAGGAAGUCUGUGAGCAAUGGGCAGCCAGGGUCUCCGUGUGAAAGGGAGGACCGGGCGUGUCUUACUCCAAUGCACAGUGGGAGUCCAAGAAGUCCUUGCUCCCAGGCCUCCCCUCAGCCACCAGACACACACUACAGGGAAAAGCUGUCACCCAUGGACCCACACUGGCUCAGCCCAGAGCCUGAUGGGAACAGCACUUUGGCAUCUGCAUCUGGAAUAGAGGAGGAGCCUCCCAGUCCACCUCUGUUGUCCACAUGCCCCCCAGGUCCCUCCACAUCUCCGAGCCCGUCUGCCUCUUUCACUCCUGCGGCCCUGUCAGCCUGGCCCGGAGGACAGCUGGACGGGGAGACAGCGAGGGCGGUAGUGGAAAGCGUGGAGAGGCUACUCAGGACCCUGCCCAGGUCGGAUCCUGCCGAGGUGAAGACUCUGCUUAGGAUGAACAAGAAGAUGGCAAAGACUGUGGGGCACAUCUUCAAAAUGGGGUCCCAGGAUGUGAACAAAGAAGAAGAGAUCCGGAAGUACAGUCUCAUUUACGGACGCUUUGACUCCAAGAGGAGGGAAGGGAAGCAGCUCACGCAUCAUGAGUGUCCGUCACUCAGUGUUUUUCCUCUGCAGUUGAUCAUCAAUGAAGCGGCAGCCCAGUUCUGUAUGCGCGACAAUGCCCUGCUGCUGAGACGGGUGGAACUCUUUUCUUUGGCUCGGCAGGUGGCGAGAAAAUGUGCCUACACCUCCACACUGAAGCAUGCAAGAUCGAGCGCAGAUGAGAACAGCGUACUGUCACUGAAGAGAGCGAGGCAUGAGGUGAUCGUGCCCGAGAGUGUGUCGUCACUUCUCGGCGUGGAGGGCUCAGAGGGUUUGACCCAGAGGGCAGAUGAUGACAGCUUAUCUGCAGAAAGCCUCGACAGCGUGUCACACGACAUCGGUUCACAGUGCAACCAGUCUCCAUCCCCCCGUCCUCACACCGACACCUCCAACCCUGCCAGCUGGAGUCGCCAUCUCAUACAGCAAACGCUAAUGGACGAAGGCCUGCGACUGGCUCGGAUGGUGUCACAUGAUCGGGCUGGCAAGAUCAGCCUAGGGUCAGAAGGAACUCACUCCACAGACCUUGACAGUAAAGUGGAGAGGCGGAGCUCGAUAACAGCGUGCAGGAGCAGUAGUCCUUGCAUCACCAAAGACGACUCUAAUCACCGCGGGAAGUGAAAACGCUCGGGCGGUUUGUCAGGGAACUCGUUCUCAGGCCUGCCACUGAACUCCACUCUCAGAGUCUGACACACACACACACAGGCUGUUGCUGAGCAGCUUUUUUUGCUUGUGUGCCCGCGUCACUGACAUCCAAUGAGAAGAAGACUCUUUAUCGAUCAAUAUCAGAAAUGACCAGCGGCUGAUAUUAUAAACCUGCAGUGACUUUUAAAUGCUGAAGUUCAAACUGUUUUUGAUUUUAUAUUCAGUAAAUAUGUAGAGGAAGACACUUAUUUGUUUGUUUUUUUAAACACUCCUGCAGAGUAGAGCUGAUGACAGAGGAGAGCAGGAGCAACCUGACAUUUUGUCCGAUUUGUGCGUCACCUGAUCCAGAUGAAAUGGGCUCGACACAGCAGGGGGCACUACAACUUUGGAAAUUAACUUCCUCCAGUAACACGCUGUAGUUAUGUAAAAGGAAUCACGUGGUUUCGAAGGGAGACUUUUAUCUACAUUUCCAGCAAGUCUGAUAGCGUUCUUAGCAGCUUCUCACCCUCAGGAAACAAAAAGGACGUUCUUGGUUUAUGAAGUCAGCGUGUUAGAUAUUGUUUUAGGAUGCACAGACGAGGACAUAUGUUGAUCCAGAUUACACACAAGGCCUUUUGUCUUUUUUGCUGCAUCAUCCAAUCGCCCAGUGAGAUCUGAACAGGCAUGCCGAGGUUUAUGAGAUAUAAAGCCCUCUUCUUCAUCGCCGUCAUCCACUCCCUCAUAUCUUUCUGUGAUGAUAUUUUGCACAAGCGGCUGAUAUGGUGUUUGUAAAAGAUAAUACGUCAGGCUUUUUAAAUUAUUUUCAAUUAUGUGAACACCUUUUCUUAACUCAGCGGCAUGAAACAAGGACACUGAUGCUUUUAUUGAUUUCCAGUGGAAGUUUUAGUUGCCUCUCUCUCUCUUUCUCUCUACGGUGAAAUCACGUUUCAGGGUCACGUUACAGUGUCUUAAUCGAGGGCCCUUAAACAGGGAGGUCAUCAGCUGUCGGCCCCUCUCAUUUUUACUUUAAUCUUGCUCCUGAUAGGUGCCAUUGUACAGCCUCUGGGGAAACUGCAUUGAUUUACUGACACCACACAGCAUCUUCAGAAAAUAGGGUGACUAGUGUAGAUUUUUUUUUUAGGUGUAGCGGAAACUUAUAAUAUGGCAGUGUGUUUUUGGGAUGAUUUCUGUAUUCUUAGAUAUUAACUAGGUGAACCUUAUGUCAGUUUCCCUUUUUAAAAACAGAUCUUUUUGUCCUUUGAGACUUAUAGUAGGGUGACUAAUCUUUUCUUUACUUUCCAAGUUUUAGAAAAAAAAAAGACAUGCAGAGGUUUACAGAGAGAAAUCUCAUGGUGCUUGACUCAUACAGCAGCUCCUACAAGCUACAUCUGCCUGGUCGGCCCGGUUUUAAAUGUUAAAAUGUAUUCAGACUUCAUGUAAAGACAAGGCUCAUGUUGAUAAUGAUUAGGAUUUUUGUAUACUUACCCACAGAGUAUGUCAGUGAGGUAGCUUGCUGUGCAUCAGUUACACCUGCCCGUCUCUUGAGCAUUAGUAACUUCCUCAGUUUAUUAUGUUGCGAAACAGAUUAUUUAUUUUGUUACAUCUCUAAUAAAUGUUAUUUUAUUGCUUAAA